AUGACAAAACCAAUUAUGUUGUUGGAUGGUGUAGUUCUCCGUCGAAAGCAAGGCUCAACAGCAAUCAAACGACGGCCAGGAGCAAGACGUCAAUCCCGCAAUCGUCUUAGAAGACGAUGCUCGAUCAAUGGACAUUUUUACAAUCGCGAGACUAGUUUUUUUACUCCACCUCAUGGUUCGCAAAUGUCAGUCUGGGUGACAAGUCUCGUAAGUACUCAAGAGGUGAUAAAUCUCAUGCUUGACAAGUACAAAGUUGAUGCCAAGUCCGACAAUUUUGCACUCUUCGUUGUUCGAGAUAAUGGAGAGCAGCGUAAAUUAAGGGAUGACGAGUAUCCCUUGGAAGUACGAGUGGUUCUCGGUCCACACGAGAACAUUGCUCGGCUAUUCUUGGUUGACAAAUUCACGACUCCAGAAAUCAGUUCUGACGUCGCUCAAUUUCUCAAUUUAUCUUUGGCCGAGUGUCAAAACAUUUUGCAGCGUUAUCAUUACGAGGAGGAGCGUCAAAUGCUCAUGCUGAAAGAAAAAUAUAAGGAGAUGCGUCGCAGAAUAAAGCAACGCAUGGAAGAGCUGAAAGUCCGUUUAUGAAAUGCAGAGUAAUUAUA